UAGAAUCUUCGAUUUCGCAAAAUGGCGUUGAGAAGAGCUGCCGCUGCUCAAAAGGGUAAAACUCUCUCCGCUCCAUUUUAUAUUGAAAGUACUAUUUCUGCCCCUGAUUCUAAAAUCAUAGAGAACAAGAUCCCUAUUCCCACCCAAUUCAACCAUUUGGUGAAUGAUCUAUCCAAUUCGAUUCGAGCCGGUGCUUUUGUGAGGUUAGAAGAUGCAGUGGGCCUCUUCAAUCGUAUGGUCCGCACGCAGCCGCUGCCUUCGAUCCGGACCUUUAAUCACCUGUUAGCUACGAUUGCCAGAAUGAGACACUAUUCAGCUGUAAUUUCUAUGCAUCGAGACAUGAAUCGGUUAGGAAUCCCAUCCGAUAUCUAUACUUGGAACAUUCUUCUCAAUUGUUUCUGCCACUUGAAUGGCGUCCGUUUUGGUUUCGCUCUUCUCGGUGACAUCCUAAAACGUGGCCAUGAGCUGGGUGCCGUGACUCUGGCCACUUUUAUUAAGGGGUUUUGUAUGGAAGGGCGGAUUGGGGAAGCGAGUAGUUUCUUUCUGAAGACAGUAGAAAUGGGAUAUCCUUAUGACGUGGUGUCGUUCGGGAUACUAAUCGACGGUCUUUGCAAGUCAGGGAGCAAUGGAAUGGCGCUUGGGUUGCUCCGGCAAAUGGAGAAGGGUGUGGGUAAAUGUAGGCCUAACCUUACUGUGUAUACCACAAUCAUCGACAGUCUAUGCAAAGAUGGGCUUACAAAGGAGGCCUUUAACCUCUUCUCAGAAAUGGUUGGUAAAGGGAUUUGGCCAAAUGUUUUCACUUACAGUUCUUUAAUUCAUGGACUAUGCAAUUUAGGGCAGUGGAAAGAAGGAAUGAGUCUGUUCGAGGAAAUGUUGAUUGGAGGAAUCUCUCCUAAUGUGACAACCUUCAACAUAUUGGUGAAUGCUCUUUGCAAUGAAGGAAUGGUUAAAGAAGCCCAUGGAUUACUAGAAUUGAUGACUCAGAGAGGUGUGGAGCCUGACGUAAUCACAUAUAAUGCAUUGAUGAAUGGCUACUGUUUUAUUGGCCAAAUGGAUGCUGCCUUAAAGAUAUUUAAUUACAUGGUGUGUAAAGGGCAUAAGCAUAGUGUUGUGACUUAUGUCAUAUUAAUCAACGGCUAUUGCAAGAAGCAGAUGGUAGACAAGGCUAUGCGGCUUUUCAGAGAAAUGCCUUGCAAGGGAUUGAAGCCCGAUGUUGUUACUUAUAACACUCUUAUAGGUGGGCUGUACCGGGUACAGAGAAUUGUGGCUGCACAAGAGCUCUUCAAUGAGAUGCAAGCUCAUGGACAAUGUCCGAAUAUCUUCACAUACACCAUUUUGAUGGAUGGGCUGUGUAAAAGUGAGCGUCCUGUCGAGGCAAUGAAACUACUUAAUGAGAUGCAAAUUAGAGGAAUUCAACCAGAUAAUAAAGUUAUUGGUGUCCUUAUCAAUGGGAUGUGCAAAGUUAGGGAACUUAAAUAUGCGAAGGAGCUUUUCAGUUGGGCCUCUGCCAAGGGCUUGGGAAAUAAUGUUAGGACAUAUAACACGUUAAUCAAUGGGCUCUGUAAAGAAGGGCUUUUGGAGGAAGCUAAUAGAUUAAUCUUGCAAAUGGAAGAGCAGGGUUCCCAACCAGACAACGUCACCUUCAAUGUUUUAAUUAGGGGAUUUCUACAAAAGAAUGAGACCCUCAAGGCAAUGCAACUUCUCAGGGAAAUGACUAAAAGACAUUUUUCUGUGGAUGCAUACACCGCAGCUAUGUUAGUGGGCUUGCUCACAGAGGACGAAAAAGGUCAAGAAUACUUGAGAAUGCUUCAUAAAUUUGUGCCCUAUGGAGAAGAUUCAUGAUGAAAGUCAGGCCCUUGAUUGAGUGGAAUGGCUGAACAGUAUCCAUGUAGCCAUGGGAGAGGGCGUAGAUGACGACGACGACGACGACGACGACGACGAUCUCUGCUGCUAUUGGAUUUUCUGCUUAAGUUCUGAAAAUGUGUUAGUCAAGAGUUUUGGUGUUGAUGAAGAUAGAAUGUGGCUUUUGGUUUGAGGCUCCAUAUUUGAUUUGCAGCUUCUUGUUUUGAAAAUUAAAGAGCUUUAAUUGCCCUUUUCAAGAAUUUGCACUUCUAUUCUUCAUAUGCCUAGUUGGUUUGCUGUUCGCUGUGGGCUUCUAUCCUUCAAUCCUACAGCUCGUGGGAGUGAAUUUGGUGGUGUUAUGCUUGCCAUGAGCAGAGGGGUUUUGCUGGGCAGUAUCCUAUCAAAUUCCAUGGUUUUAAGUUGUGGUGCAGAAUUGCAGGCCAGUAACAUCCCCAAGGAUCUGUUCUAAUUUUGAUUGAUUCAUAGAGUUUGGUUGUUAUCAUCAAAUGGAAUUGCCCCAUGUGUUAUUUGUAUGGGCUGCUCAGAUGUCAGACACUAUUUUGGUGAUUCAUGCCUUGUAGCAUCUUUUGGUUUUCGAAUUGAUGCAGUUGGAGCCGGUUUCUUU